CACAAGCCACUUCCCCCUGCCCCCUCCCCUCCUGCGCCGUCAUGAGCAGGGGGCUCCCGCCGCUCGUGCGUCUCCCGCGAGGAGCGCGCGCGCGGUGCCCGCGGAUGCGUCAAGAGUCGCCUGGAACCAGCGCCGAGUUCGAAGAAUCGCCGUGACCGGCAGCCACCAUAACGAUCGCAACCACGGAGCAGAACGGACCUCUGUGACCAGAAGCGCCUCGAGUCUGGGCCUCCUUAGGACCACUUCCAAGAGCAAGGGGGGUCAGAAGGAACAACCGCGAGUCUGCUCUCGACACCGAGACCACACCUGAGAACGACGGGGAACAGCUGAGUCAACAGGACCACGUGCGCGUCUGUCUGUCUGCCUGAUCGAGGAGCGAGAGUGCCUGGCUCCACCUACUUGACCCGACUUUGAGCUGCACCUCGAGGACCGGCACCUGGGAGAACCAGCGGCACUCGAGUGCGGGAGCAGCAGCAGCAGUAGGAGGAGGAGAGAGCGUGGACGUGAAGCCGCUCGGGAGACAGGUGGAGCCAGGAGGAGCCGUCAGGAGCCACCUGGAGCCAGGAGGAGCCGUGAGGACCCCGGUGGGAACAUGGAACGGGGUCUGUCGUCACCGCUCGGUCCCCUGAGACGUCUUCUCCUCCUCGUCCUUCUCACGCAGCUGCUGUGGACCUCCGCAUCCUCCAUCUCGUCGCAGGUGGACGAGGACUGCGAGUUCCUGAGCGACGGGAUCAAUAUCACGGGCCCCGUCUGUAACAGCACCUUGGACGAGAUCGAGACGUGCUGGCCCAGCACGCCGGUCGGCCAGGUGGUGUCUCGGCCUUGCCCGGAGUUCUUCAACGGCGUGCGGUACGAGAUUCACAGAACCGUAUACCGAGAGUGUCUGGAGAAUGGGACAUGGGCGCUCAUUUCAAACUACUCGGAGUGUAAGCCCAUCGUGGAAAACAAGACGGAAAGUUUCCACUACGAGGUGGCGCUCAUCAUCAACUACCUGGGCCACUGCAUCUCCCUCGCGGCCCUCGUCAUCGCCUUCCUCCUCUUCAUGGGGCUCAGGAGUAUCCGAUGCCUAAGAAACAUCAUCCACUGGAACCUGAUCAGCACCUUUAUCCUGCGCAACUCCAUGUUCUACACCCUGCAGCUGAUCGACUUCCGAACGCAAGAAGCCAACGAGCCCUGGUGCCGCGUGGUCAGCACCAUCUACAACUACUUCCACGUGACCAACUUCUUCUGGAUGUUCGGCGAGGGCUGCUACCUGCACACGGCCAUCGUCAUGACCUACUCCACGGACAAGCUGCGCAAGUGGGUCUUCCUGUGCCUGGGCUGGGGUGUUCCGUGUCCCAUCACGGUUGCCUGGGCUCUGGGCAAGCUGUACUAUGAAAACGAGAAGUGCUGGCUUGGGAAAACAGCGGGGAAACACAUCGAUUACAUUUACCAGGGCCCGGUUAUCCUUGUCCUCCUGAUAAACUUCGCGUUUCUUUUCAACAUUGUGAGAAUUCUCAUGACAAAGUUGCGCGCUUCAACGACCUCAGAGACAAUCCAGUACAGGAAAGCCGUCAAGGCCACCCUGGUGCUGCUCCCUCUGCUCGGAAUCACCUACAUGCUCUUCUUCGUGAACCCUGGCGAGGACGACACCUCCCUGAUCGUCUUCAUUUACUUCAACUCCAUCCUGCAGUCUCUGCAGGGUUUCUUUGUUUCUGUCUUUUACUGUUUUCUAAACGGAGAGGUGCGGUCAGCGGUGCGGAAAAGGUGGCACCGCUGGGAGGACAAGCACAGCCUGCGCGCACGGGUCACGCGUGCCAUGUCCAUCCCCACGUCGCCGAGCCGCAUAAGCUUUCACAGUGUGAAGCAAACCACGGCUGUCUGAUUACGUCCCAGCCCCAGCCUGCUGCUGCGACAGCCGGGAAGAGGCCCCCUCCAGCCAAUGCUCCCUAAUGACGCAUAGAUAGGGCAAGGGGUAAUGUAAUAUACUUUUACAUGUAUACUCGAUGCUGUACUGUACAUUGUUGGAAAGAGAUUGCGUUCGAAUGAGAUUAUAUUUCUGGAAAAAGUGCAGUUUUCGGUAAAAAAAAAAAGUGCUAUUCAGUUUUUCAGAGUCUCAAUUUUUGGUUCUAAGUAUACUAAUGUAAGUCAAUGCAAGCUUGGAAACGGGUAAAAAAAAAAUUUCAUCCUGUCGGAGACAGCUAAAAGACUGAAUCCGUGCUGCGUUUAAACCGCGAAUUGGCCAGUGUAUCCACAAAGCACCAGCGAUGCCACAAAGCCCGCUCUUCAACAGCGGGUGGCGAACCCAGGUGGUGAGAAGCUCCUAGGCUGUGGAACUUCAUCGACGGAUACGCGGGCCAUUGUAUGCAGGAGUUGUCAUUAACAUUCAAGGCAGGUACAUCGGGCGCAUUAGCUGGAUUAACGAACUGAUGUAAUGUAGUGGGGAGCGUUGUAGAAUGAAAUAGGAUAAUUGGCAGCGCAGGAGAGCUUAAUACCCUUGGAGAAAGGGGUAUUUUACAUUAAGGGUGGUGCUAUCGCACUUAAGCUCCCGGUCAAUAUCAAGGCGGAGAAGCACUGACAAAUGCGAUGACCAGCACUACUGGAUGCAGUCAAUGUUCUCCCCACUGCGUUUUUGAUGUAUAACAAGUGAUGGGUGUAAACAGGCGCGUGCGUGCGUGCGUCACUGAGAGCAUGCCUCGCCGCGAGCUCUGUGGUGUUCGUGGGCUGGAGGGGAAUGAUGCUGCUGCUGCUGUUGUGUUAUGGCCGCUUCGGAGUAGCUGUGCACAGGGACAGUCUGUCCCAUCAGCAGUACAGUACCUGCAUUCACAAUAAGCUCCCGUGUGUGGGCCCCUGGGAGACCAGCAGGACCCACGCAAGGUAGUUGCUUCUGUUACCAAUUUUGGCAGUUUCUGAUAAAAUAAAAACAAUGCUUUAAUGUGUACUUUGUCGGCACCAACAACAUUCCUCUUUUCAUCCGAGACAGGGGAAAACCCUACGUUAAUUUUAUAUUUAAUCAAAUAUAUACUAUACGUACACGUGGCGGUAUAACACGUGAAUACUGUGUCUGGGGGCCUGUAGGUUUUUUUUUUUACAGAGGUCAAUUAGCUCCUUAGACCCCUAUUAACUGUGCAGUCCUUGAAAAUGUCAAAUUAGAUUAGCAAUCGCCACACUGACGAGAGGAAAAUAGGGUUUUAAAACAUGUUUGCCAAUUCAUGUGAACCAAUGACAGCUUUUUUUUGUCUCAAAAAAUGUUUUAAUUUUUGUAAAAAAAAAAAAUCUCAACUCAAACUUGCUGCAGUGCCAUAGACAGAGUGGUCCAACGAGAGUGGGGGGGGGGGGGGUUGCACUUGGCGGCUUGUGUUGGCUGUGCUGCGUCGCACUUAAGUAUGCAGGGUGUCGCGUUAACAGCGUCGGGGUACGGCUGCGGCCUCACCACCGUUAUGAGAGCGAUGAUGUCGUGGUGGCUGUGUCGAAGUGUGCGCUUGAGGAUGUGUGCUUCAGGUUGUACAAUCGAGUGAGUGCAUAGUGUGCCGCUCUCUAUCACUUAAUCCAUAUAGUGCAUAUAUUGUAUUGACUGAUUAAGUGGGUUACAUCUUAAAGUUGUCCUCUGUUACCGGUAACUUUCGCUGGAGGAAACUGUUUUACACUUUUACGCAUAUUUUUUACUGUCGCUUAAGCAAAUCAUGGCAGCAAUAUUAACAAGAUAAUACAUUUGGCAUGUAGGUUAAAUCGUGCGGAGUAGUGUGUUCGCUGUGUUGUUGGUAUAGCUGCAAACAGCUGUAAAAUUACAAAGAAACCAGGGACUGUAGCUGCAGCCCUGUUGCAGUUGAAGGCACUGGCCCAGCCCAGUGUCUUCUAGCCCAGAGGUUUCCCAGCCUGUGGUUUUCAGACGACCAGUGGUCACAAGGCCGUGGGAAGCAGUCCGUGCAGCUACUACGAUUUAAAGUAGUUUAAAACAUUUUAAAAAAUAUAUAUAUACAUUGUUGGUGCAUCGUGUGUUGUGAAAAAUGUCUAGAAACGUUGGGAACACUUACAAUCUAAGCCAAUGGUCAUUGCUUAACGUCAGGAUAUUUAAUUUGUAUUUGUUUUAUAACACACUCAUGGUGGUGCCGAUUUAUCCCGUGUGAGUCGGUUGUCAGCACAGGUUUGGUGUCGGUGUGCGAGGUGGCGCCUCUCUAUUCAAACGACUGCCAUUAAUGGCAGGUGUGUAACAUUUUUUUAUAAACAUGAUGUGGCAGCUACACGUGUACUAGUGGGGUAGGUUUUUGUUUUGUUGUGCUUGUGCUGUAUGCCUCUCCGAUGUGGUUUUUUUUUGGUUGUACCGAAUGUUGUGCGGCCACAAAGUUUCGUACAAAAUGUCGCUCUAAAUUCAGUUUCUGAAGAAACUGCCAGCAAGAACACAAUGGAGAGCUCAACACCUACGUUGAAUCAAAUGUAUCAUCACCUUACAGCGGUUUGACAGCCAGAAAUCACCGUAACGGUUACAAGUAGAACAUCAAAUAGUCACUGGAACAUUCUCAUCCAAGGUUACACCGCGACGUAUCAACGUAGAAUACAAGCUGGGGGUACUCAAAGUCGCUAAAAAUAAUUACCGGAUUACAAUGUGGGUCUUUUUUUGUGUGUGUGUCUAUGAAUUGCAAAUAACGGUGCGACCACGUCUGAGAAUUGACCAGCGCGCUAUGCUGCUGCUCGCAAUGAGCGGCGUGACGGUUGAUUCUGAUCGUCAACGAGGGGUUUGUGGGGCAUUUCACGCUUUUCUUGCUUGAAACAUUAUAAAUGAGUUGUCCGUUCAAAGCGGUGAGGGGGGGGUCUAAUUAAGGAUCGUACUCGCGUGACAGCGAAUGCUUUGGGUUGAAUUGCUGGGGGCCGUUAACAUGGCCUUGUUGUUUAACACAAAGUCAAUGGGGGCACUUCGACAGAAGCGACGCUGGGCAGGAGCCCAUUUGGCUCGUGGCGGUGAAUGUGCACGCACAGAGGCACUGUGCCCAUCGCCCAUCACAAGUCACGCAGCGGUCGCUGACUUCACCGGGAUGGACGGCUGACACACUCUGGAAGAAGAGAGCUGCUGCUGCUGCGUUGUAGUUCGGUAUAUAUCUGUGUGUGUGUGUAAAAAAAGAAGAGGCCAGACUUUGUGUACAUACGUUUUUAUUAUUAUUAGAACAGCAGCUUUGCCGCCGCGGUGUUGAAUAUUAAGAAAGUGGAAAGUGGCCCGAUGAGGCGCUAUUACUAUUUUUAUACCACUCGUCGCAUCCUCGUGAGAGAGUUUCACUCGCGUGCGUGAUUACGACUGCAGUUUAUGCAGUACUGUGUUGUUAUUACGACAAAAUACUGUCGGCGGAUUUGAUGAAUUCUCUCUCUUGCUCUAUAUGCCGCACACAUGCAUUUUUUUGGGAGAAAUACAUUUUGGAAGAACACACACAUAUAUAAUGAGCACACGCCAUAUUUCUCUGAAUUCAUUUAAACGUAUGCAUUGUUUACGUUGUAUAUGGACGUGUCAAUUAUUUAUCUGUUUAAAGUGAUAGGUGCGCUGUGUAAUUUAUUGCCCCGUGAACGUGGUAUGAUACCUCCUCAAUAAAAGUUCCGUUUUGCACCA